UAUAUGUAUUGUUGUUGCGUAGCGUAGUAUUAUGGCUGUAGGUGACAGCUACGUCAAAUUACAUGAUUUGUUUGUUUGUGAAAUCGGAGCAAAUCGAAGCUUAAUUUAACAGCUCGUUUAUAUCCUAUAUCGAAGCAUUUUGAAAGCAGUUAAUAAUAUUUCAGGAUGGGCGUAAUUUUCUUAGAACAUAUCGGAGGUACUCGUUUGUUCUCUUGUGCUUCUUGUGACACCAAUCUUACAAACAGAGGUCAGCUGAUAAGCACGCGUUUUACAGGCGCUACAGGACGUGCUUUUCUCUUUAACAAAGUCGUCAACUUAAAUUACAGCGAGGUACAGGAUAGAGUGAUGUUGACGGGUCGUCACAUGGUCCGAGAUGUCAGCUGCAAAAACUGUGAUGCUAAACUUGGGUGGGUGUAUGAAUUUGCAACAGACGACAAUCAACGAUAUAAGGAAGGUCGUGUCAUCCUGGAACGUGCUUUAGUCACAGAGAGCGAUGGAAUGGGCGAUAAUAUUUAAUUACCUCACUACAAGUAACACAUCUUAGGAUAAGAAUAUAUUAGUCAACAUAAAUCCAUUGUUCCAUUUCUCCAUUGUUAAUUUUGUGAAUUAUUCACUGAGCGUACGACAAUUUAUAUUUAAUAUUGAUUAUUUUUGUAAACAUUAAACAUACUUUAUCUCGUGGUAUUGUAUAUAUCUUUGAUGAUCUGCCACUUCUUUAUUUAACUUUUCAUUUGAACAUGUAUAUCGUAUUAAGCCUAAAUUGAAAUAAAGAUUUAGACCGUA